GCAAAGCAGCAUGGUAGAAAGAGAUGUUAUUAGCAGCGACUAAUAUCGGGAUUUUUAAAGGGUUUGACGUGUGAAAGGAGUCCGUUGAUCCAAAACGGACUAAAAUAAUUGAAAUUAAAAAGAUCUGUUUAUUGUGCAUACGCGGAUUUGUUUUUGUGGUCAACUGAAAACAACACCUGAGAUGUCCAAACCGGGGCUAAUACCACUUCAUCAAGCGCUGAGGAAAAGCUUCCAGAGUCUUGAAAACAACCAGAAAGUAUGGAUUAGUGUGUUGGCAGACUGCAGCCCUCUGAUGGUGUCUCUCGGGAACUUGGCGGAGCAGUCGCGAGCGCUGUCCAACGUACAAAUCUCCAACACGCCGCUCAGAGACUUUCCUGACCUGGAGGAGCGUCUGCGUUUCAAGCUCUCUCAAGCCACGGAUACAGUGCUGGGAAAACUCAAUGAGAAGAUGUCUUCUCUACAGUCCGUGAGGGAUUCCGUCAGUAACCAGGUCUCUGCAGUCUUCCAGCUUUACGAGCAGAACGCAGACAGUCUGGAUCUCGUCACCGUAACCGAGCGCUCGGCAACCGCCCCGUCAGUGUCCGACAUGCUGGAGUGGCUGCAGAAUGCCGAGCGUCACUACCGGCAACAAUAUCUGAGGAGGAAGUCUCUGCUGCUGACUCUGAGGGCAGAUGAUCUCUCUCUUUUAGAAUCUGCUCCCAAAAGAUGGAAAUCCUUGGAAUGUCCCAGUGCAGAGGAGCAGAUCACAGAUACACUUUGCAAAGUGUCCUUCUUUACAGAGUCCCAAUGAAGAGAGCAAAAUCGACACAGGUGGAACUCUAAGCUUCUGAUUCUGAC